AUGUCCCUCUCUCCGCCUCCCACUACUCUCAGCCUACCCGCUUCCAACUCCAAAAAGAGGCCUUCUCUCUCAUCAGCAGUCUCGUCGUCUUCAUCCCAGCCCUCCAAAAGGCCGCGUCUCCAUCCACUCCGCCAAACCUCCUUUCCCACAUCCGCAGAUACAGAUCCCCGCGUCUAUGCUGGAGCCACAAGCGCCAGGUCAGAAAUUGAUGGCGCAAGUGUCACAGGCAGUUUUACUGGCUCUUUAACUGGGAGCGUGGAUGGUGUCGGCGCUGGCCGGGGAAGAAGGAAAAAAGGCAAAAAGGACCGUGAUGAUGCAUCUGGAAGCGUGCGCGCUGGUACCGUGGACGGGAAAGGAGCUGGGUCUGCAAAGGGAGGCGUUGGUGACGAGGAGGGAGAAGAAGAAGAUGAUGAUGAUUUGGGUGACACCGAACUAAUGGAGCGCGAUGAUGUUGCCGUCGACGCUGAGGCGGAGAAGAAGAAUCUUGCCAUCCUAAUCGAUGCCUUCAACCCUGAGCAGUCAGAGCGAUACGAUUUAUUUAAGCGUGCGAAGUUAAACAAGCCUACUUUACGAAAAAUUGUCAAUCAAACCCUGUCGCAAUCCGUCCCCCCAAAUGUUAUCACCACCAUUAGCGGGUAUACCAAGAUAUUUAUAGGGGAGAUGGUAGAAAAGGCAAGGACUGUCCAGCAACAAUGGGCUGAUACGACUGAUGCAGCCGCCCUUGAAGCGUACGAAGCAGAGGAGGAAGAACUUACUAUUCAGGAAGAAUCACAAGCUGCAGAACAGGUUUCAGAUCCUUCAGGACAGGAGAAACCUAAGCCAACAACCUCGCUGCCUUCGCCUUCAAUCGUAAAGGUCGAAGGACCAAAAGAACCGGUGAUAAAAAAGGAAGAAUCACAAAGCUUUGAUGGGAUUUCAGUCAGCGCUCCGCCAAAUUCCACACAAACAACCCUCCAAAGUACCAUGUCAUUCAAUAUGUCACCUGCAACGACAGCUACUACUGUUACAACAGCGCCAGGGGAAACACGUCACGCCAGUCGCCGAAGACCUUUUAAACUACCUCCUAACCCACAUCGUGGCCCUCUCCUCCCAUCUCACUUGCGAGAAGCGUUCCGACGGUAUCGGCGUGAUGGCGAGGGAGGUGGGGUUGGCUUCACAGGUUUGAGCAUGAACGGACUUUCUGUUCGUGGUGCAUUUACUUGGAGUGUCAGAAGCGGCAGUGGUGGUAGGCGGCUGUUUAGGUGAUGUAAAGUUUGUUGGCCAAUAAAUGGUGGGAAGUCCCAAAGCUGAAUUCUUUCGUUAGUUUAUGGGUAAAUGAAUUGUCGUGAGAUACUCGGGCCACUGGCGUUUAGAAAGUAUGGUGCAUUUCAUGGGGUAUGAAUCUUGAUUAUAGCGAGGCAGCAAGGCGGUACCGGUAAAGGAUUACUCAC